AUGACGGGUACUUGUACAGGUGGUGCAUGCCGUUGCGAGGUUACAUGGACUAUAAACCCAUGGAUUCCACGCCCCUCAAACCCGGCCUUCUCUUCGUCCACGUACGUCUCCAUUGCCCCAACCUUCCUCCGCUGGACAAAACUCCACUUCCAAGACCUCCUCAAUCUACCUGCCAUCCCCUCUUCCAAAGCCAAAGUAGCCUUCUGUCUACGCGCCACCGCACCUGACGAUGCUGAGAACUACUCACACGAAGAGAAAUCAAGCGCAAAGCCUGCAAUCGUGCACAUAUGUGCCAUAGACGAUCUAUCCGUGACAAAAAGUAAACCCUUCCGUGACAUAAGUCCGAAACUGAAUGUAGAAUACACGCGGCCCCUCGGCGCACACGAACAAGCAGUCGCUUACAAAAAUCCAAACGACACCAUUGACAAGGAGGCAAUGGUUUCCGAAAUCGCCAACUCAAAACUAGCCGUGUAUGACGAAGUUGAUUCAAGCGAAGAGGAGCGGUUCCACGCCUUGAUGCCCGAAAACGUAGAUGGCUGCUUGGUCGGAGUGCAUUUUACACUGCUCUCGUUUUCUGGCGAUAAAAGCGAUGACGCGAUCGAAAUCAAAGACCAAAUAGUAGAAUUUCUACAGAAAGAUGGCGCACCGGGGUGCAAAGUAUGUGCCUCGCUCUACCGUUGGGCGGGCAAAGAGGCUCAGCCCGAUGGGUACCCAGCCAUCGAUGUGGAAGGAGAUGCACAGUGGAUGGUCUUGGCGUGGCUUGAACAUUCAGGUUCCAACAGGGUGUUGCAAAAGGAUGUCGAUGGUGUUAUUGGUGCGUGUGUCAAGUCGGAUGGAGAGUCCAGUGUAGGGGAAGGAGGCAAGAUUGGGUAUGGGGUCUGGCUUAUUGAGUUACUUAUGGAGUAG